CAUGCGCAGAAGUGCUAGUGGUCUGCUGGCAGGUAGCUUGCUAUUUGAUAAAUAGCGCCUCUUCGUGGAUGAAAGUACCCAUAACUGUCAGAAUUAAACAAAUGGUAUGAGUUUAUUCUGAAACUGCUACAAAGAGAGACAGGCGAUGGAUAUAGCACAGUGUACAUGAUAAGUAUUUCGACUAUAGCCACUUACAGGCUCCUUGUUUUGAGGUUAGCUGCAGAUAAUGAGAUGCUGUGUUGCUAGCAGAGACAGCUAACUGUUAGCUAGCUGAUAACAGCAGCAUGGAUUGACUGCAGUGAGAAACGCCAAAUAAUAUUCUUAUUUUAGAGUCCAUGCUAGCUAGCUCGAACAGUUGGCUUCACUCUAAUAGCUGUGAGCAAAACGAUGACCUCUGUGGCUGCGACGACAUCGUCUGACCCUGCGGGGCUCCGGGAUGCACGCUCUGGGAGCCCGCGGCAGAGGCUCCAGAAGCAGCUCGCGGUACCGGGAGCCGAGUCGAGCCGAGUCAACGACCUGCUGCUCCUCCGGCCUGAUACAGACGCCCAGACUGCGACACAAGAACCGAAGGAGAAGAGCAACAACAGGCAUGUGGUGUUUUUCCACGGGGAUAUUCAGAACUUCCAGGAGGAGAUGUCUCUGCAGCCUGAAGGAGCUCAGUGGCUCAGCUGGAGUCUGGAGCAGGUGGCCCUCAGCCUGGGCCGACGUUUCCCUGACCGACAUGUUUGGGUGGUCCGAGCCUCCCGCAUGUAUCUCCACAAGUUCAGCUGCUACCACAACUUUGUGGACAGCAACAUGUUCGGGGCACCAGAGCACUCGCCGUACUCGUCUGACUUUGGAGCGUUUCACCACCUCAGGGCCCUGCUGAGCCACGGCAUGGAGCGAGCCAACCUACCAGACCCCGUUCAGCCACAAGGAGGCGCUGACAGCAUCCCUUCAGGGUUUUCUCUGACACUGGUGGGCUUCAGCAAAGGCUGCGUGGUGCUGAACCAGAUGGUGUACGAGCUGGCCGGGGCCCGCGCAGACCCACACAUGUCGCACUUUGUAAUGAGCGUCUCAGACAUGUACUGGCUGGACGGCGGGCACCCGGGAGGCAGUGAGACCUGGGUGACCAACAAGCGGGUGUUGAAGGAGCUUGCUUCCAGUGGAGUGUCGAUCCAUGCCCACGUGACCCCGUACGAGGUGUGUGAUCCAAUGCGGGCCUGGGUGGGCCGCGAGCAUGCGCUCUUCAUUAAGACCCUGGAAGAGUUUGGCGCCUGUCCAAGCAAGAAGCUGCACUUUGAGGACGAGCCCCCCUCCAUCGAGAGCCACUUCAGGGUCAUCCAGGAGUUUUGAGUUGGCUUUAGAUUGGUUGCUUGUGAGCACUUACAUAUUCUUAUUCACUGGUCUUACCUCAUCCUCCUGGGAUUUACGAGCUGAGACUUUAGAGCAUGUGCAGAUGCUGGUGUGUUGUACGUUCUACUGCUAAAUGCACUUGUCGUGAGUUUGAAUGAUCCAGGAGCCCCUCCCUGAGUGGGAAUAUGCAGCUUCCUUCUUUAUUCUUCAGGCUGGUAGCUUUUUACAUUUGAUUCAGUUCAGUUCGAACAUGAAUGAUUCGUGUUGUCAGUUGGAUUUUGCUGGGAAAUUUAAAGGGAUAGUUCAGAUGUUUUAUGUAUUAGCUACAGUAGAUUGCGCUCUGCUGCCCUCGUCCACAGCAGUACAUUACUCUGCUUCUCUACACCUCAUACAACCUUCAAAACAUCCAAACUAUCCAUUAAAUGUAUGUUUGGCAGAAGCAGAACAGCGUGUGUUUAUACCUGCACUUGUGUUGAGCUACUUUUAGACAUGUGAAUGUCAGGUUCAGGUUCAGACUUCAGUCGGUCUCUUAGUUGUGAUUCUUGAAUGUAUUCAAAUGUUUUGGGCCAAUACUUGGUCAAAAAGUAUAAAUAAAUAAAUAUUCAGUUGUCAUUCCUUCAGUUUGACCCCAACAGUAGAUUGUCCAUCAAUAACUUCGCCAACCUUUUCUAUUUAAAUGUCACAUAGCUGCACGCAGAGCAGUUGAUUCUCACCUGCAGGUCCAUUUUCAAGUUUAACAAUGAACUCAAUAUAACAAUUUCCUUUGACAUUGUUUUGUAUGUUGCAAUGAAAUACAGGCUCAUUUCAUGACCGACACGUCACUUCACCUGAGCAGGUUAACUUGCUGUCUCUUUGAUUGGAUCUUUUCCUCGCAAAAUACCUAAUUAUCUUUAGAAAUAAACAAUUGUUAUGGCUAGACAAACUAAUUAAAACAAAAAGUUUUGUGUUAGAAUGAAAUAAGUUGGGAAGAUGUAUUAAAUUAGAAGGUACAUUUUAAUUUACCCGUCAGUUUGUUUCUCAUGCUGGCAAAAGUGCGUAAUAUAUACAGAACCUUGUCUUUCAAUGUGAAAAUACACAUCUGGAGUCUGCAUGUGUAUUAAUCUGUGUAUGAAGUAUUCCAGUCUGUAUGAUCUCUAUGUAAACUUGCAUAGCAUCUUUGCACUCAUUUAGCUGAAUGUAACUUCAGAUCAUUCCAUUAUGUUUACUACUUGUAUGCUAUGCUGUUUAAAAAGAUAAUGUAUACAUCGUCACCACGCUGGUUUGUCCUGUUUACUGUUGGUCGGUGAUAAAUGAGUUUGUCACUACUUGAUAGAGGAGAUUGUUGCAGCAGUGUGGUGGAAGUAGGAUUGACUCAAGACAACACAUCAAAUAAUCAACAGAUAUUUUCUACAACCUUUUAAUGAGCUUUAUCAGUUUGCUUUGUGUACCUACAUAUUAGCCUGCAGUUGAUCAGAAUAGAUUAUGUAUUUUUUUUUUGUUUUUGUAAUUUCAGAUGCAAUCAGAAUGCUCAUACAUAAAAAACAAAUAUAAAAUAAACCCAUCUCUUGAA